AUGGUGACCAAGUACGACAGACCUCUUCUCGCAGGACACGGCUUCCACUGGCCCCUCGUCGGGCUCCAGUUCCUCUGUGGUCUCCUCAUCCUCGCCUUCUCCUCCGCCGCCAUCGCGCAGCACGAGGGAAACACAGCCUCCGUCAUCAACUACUUUGUCUUCCUCGGCAUCAUCAUCCUCCUCUGGGUUUUCGCCGUCGCCGGCGCACCUUUCGUCCCAGCCCUUGGCCAGGAAAUGGUCCGCGCACCUGUUGACGGUGUUAUCAUGCUCCUCACCCUUGCUGGUGGUAUUGCCAUGGCCACCCGUCUCCGAGUCCACUCUUGCAGAAACGACAACUACGUUGCCCAGCCUCUUUUCCAGGGCUCUGCAAAUGUCUGCCGCAUGCUCCAGGCAGCUUGCGCCUUCUGCUGGUUCUCCUUUGCUGGAUUCCUCGUUACAUUCAUUGCAGCGACUGUUUCCUUCUGCUCCGGUGGCCCAGCCACCCAGCGUGGUUCGCGCAAGCCAAGGGCCCCUGCUACCGUCUAA